AAAAAAACGCAUCAAAACUUUUGAGACAAAAAAAAAAACUUCACCAUUAAAUGAAAUCCAACAUACAAGAACAAUUGUAGUUUCCAUUGAUGAUUUGUCCUGUCAUGAUAAACAACCUGUUGGACAGGCUGACUUGAUUUCUCAAAUGAUUGAUCCUCAAAUUUCUAAAAAAAUAGAAGAAUAUGUUAAAGAAGGAAUAUGCAACAUUAGAGAAAUAAAACGUCUUCUUCGACUAUUUGUUAAGGAUAUAUUUGAAAAAGAAAAUCUUCCUGUUAAUACUAUAAGAUCACAUAUAGUUAAAAUGAAGCAAAAGUUGAGAUAUUCCAUGAUUGAUCAAGAAUGUCUUUUGAAAAAGUGUCAUGAAUGGAAAAAAAUUGAUCCACAUAUUAAAGUGUUAAUUCGACCAAAAUGUGAAGUUACAGACAAUGAAAUUUGUAAAAACAAUUCUACAUUUUUAUUUUUUUAUCAAUCACAGUGGCAACAAGACCUUCUUUUGCGAUACGGAAAUGAGAUCAUUCUUUUUGAUGCUACUUACAUAACUACAAGAUAUGCUCUUCCAUUAUUUUUUUUAACAGUAAAGACUAACAUAGAUUACCAAAUAGUAGCCACUUUUGUCACUGAAAAUGAAACAAAAAAAGCUAUUACUGAAGCACUAAAUGUUAUAAAGAGUUGGAAUGCAUUGUUUCAGCCUUCGUUUUGUAUGACAGAUUAUUGCAACGAAAAAAUCGAGUCCUUGGAAACUGUUUUUCCAGAGUUUCCUAAUUUAUCUAUUCCGAAAAGUUGUCGUGUCAUUAUAUGCGAUUUCCACAGAGAGCAGGCCUGGGAUCGAUGGCUUUCCAAAUUAACAAAUGGGUGUUCUGAUUAUAAAGGUAACAUAAUAUCGAUGUUAUGAUGUGUUGCAAGAGCGCAAAAUCAGGAUGAGGAAGAUGCAGCUAUUGAGAAGCUGCAGUCCUCCAAUUUUUGGUUCGAUGACAAGUUUCAUAAAUUUAAGAAGUACAUAACAAAUUAUUGGUUGUGCAACAAAGAAAAAUGGAUAUGGGCCUAUCGUCAGGAUCGUUUAUUAAUUAAUCUAAAUACCAACAAUGGUCUUGAAAGACAAAAUGAAUCUUUUAAGUAUUCUUAUCUUCAACGCCACAAAAACUCAUCUCUUACUGGAAUGCUAACCUUAUUAAUUGAAGAGUUUUUUGCUGAUAAAUUUGAACAUUAUUUAGAGUCGAACUAAAAAAUGAGUUGUGAAUAUAAACGCUACAGUGCUAGUGUACCUGAAUACCUGCUUAAUCGACCACGUCAUUUUGUCAAACAUUGUUUAAAGAAGCAAGAUUUAGCUAACAGUGUUGAUAUAAAUGGAGUAAAAAUUAAGAAUUAUGGAAUUUUUUUAAUAAAUAGUUUUUCAGAUAAACAUAAAAGUUA